ACAGGGACCGUACUUUGGACUGCUGGGGACACAAAGAACUUCCCAAUGCUGUAAUCUGUAAGCAAAGACGGGAAGGUAAAGAACAGUGGGAUAACUGAAAGUUCAGGGCUGAGUUAGAAGUUAUGACCUUAGACCUUUCCCUAGAAGAUGAGCUUAAUCAGGACCAUGAAACUUGACCCCGUGUGGCAAAUGGAACCACAGUUGCAGAAAAUAAGACUGACCUUUUGCAGACAUCUGAAAUCGGAGAUCUAGGAGAAUAAUCUCUACAAUCCAAGGAUAUGAGCAUCAAGGCAUGGAAGCCCUGGGACUCCAUGAAGACAACUGCCUUUAUCCUGGGUUCUAGCCUGCUCAUGUAUGUUGCCUUCAGGAACUCAAUCACAUGGCAUCUUCAGAAGUUCUGGGGAGUGUCUGGCUUCUGGCAGGCCCAGUGGGAGAAUCUGCACCAUAUUCUAGGAGGAAAUGAAUGGACCAUUUUCUUUUUAGGCUCUGCAGUUGUUCCUAGCCUCAUUUCCUGGUGCUUCCACGGGAUCUUGAUGGUGGCAGAUGUGACUGGGAAGCCAAACUUCAUUACGCGAUACCGAAUUCAGUUGGGGAAGAAUGACCCUGUUGACAUAGCAAAGCUGAAGAAUGCUAUCUGCACGGCCCUGUUCAACUACGUUUUUAUCUCGCUGCCCAUGGUGGCGAUCAUGUUGCCCCUCAUGAAACGGAGUGAACCAUGCAGUCUGCGUCUGCCCACCUUCCACUGGUUUCUUUUUGAGCUGGCAAUCUUUGCGCUUGUGGAAGAAGUGCUCUUCUAUUACUUUCAUCGGCUUGUUCAUCACCCUCUCCUGUAUAAACACAUACAUAAAAAACAUCAUGAAUGGACAGCACCUAUUGCCAUUGUCGCUCUCUAUGCUCACCCAGUAGAGCAUUUGGUUUCCAACAUGCUGCCUGUGAUUACUGGCCCAAUCCUCAUGGGAUCUCAUAUUACUUCAAUCAUGGUUUGGUUCACUCUUGCCCUCCUGGCUAGCGCAAUCUCACACUGCGGCUAUCAUUUGCCUUUCCUGCCCUCACCAGAAUUCCACGACUUCCAUCAUCUCAAGUUCAACCAGUGCUAUGGGGUUUUGGGGGUGCUGGAUCGCCUGCAUGGAACAGACACAUUAUUCAAGCAAACAAAAUCCUAUCAGCGACACUUUAUCAUGCUGGGCCUCACUCCUCUCACAGAAUGCAUCCCUGACUCUCCCAAGAAAUCAGAAUGACAUCACUUCUCCAAACACCACUAACCUUGUUCAAAAUGUUGUGCCUUUUGAAAGGAAUUAAACACUCAUGAGACACU